CUUUUUUGGAUUUCUACUUGAUUCUCGCUAGUUUUAAAACUGAUUCUUCUUCAUUUCAAAGAAACCGAUAUAUUAUUUACUGAUUAUUUCUAGAAUUUUUCUGCUCCUCUGCUUCUCUGCUUCUCUGCUGUUGAAACUUAGCGUGUUUUUUUGUUCGUAAUUCAUUACGUUUGCAUCGCAAAUAUGGUGAAGAGGAUUAGAAAUGAUGAUUCUAGGUAUAAUUUCGUUUGUUUUUGCUGCAAAUUUUUUUUUGUUUUCAAUAUUUGAGCGUUUUUGUUGUUGUAAUUGUAAUGUAGCCCGAAGUCGAAGAAGGUGAAGAGUCUUGCAUCUUCAGGAAAAUUUUUGGCACUGUCUACUGCUGGGAAGAAGAAAGAGAAAGAUGGUGAUUAUGAUCCAAGAUGUGAUAAAUCCUUGUCUAAGAAGAAAGGCAAAUCUGAUUUAUCACCAAUCAAGUUUUCAUUUUCAAGAUCUAAUCCCGAUCAACAGAAAGACACAUUUGAUAGAUCGAAUUUCACUGAGCAAGAAAUAAAGUCAAUUAAUCUACAAGUAUUGUCAGACUAUUCCCAUUUAAAUGAAGUGGUUAGUAAUUUGAGUGAUGAGCAAAAAAGAGACAUUAGGGAUAUUGGGUUUGGGAGUCUCUUAGAUAUUAGGAUAAAGAAGUUUUGUCCUAAUCUGAAUUUGGAGGUGUUGUUAAAUUACAAUGCAUCUGGAAUGAUGUUUUCAACAAAGAAUGGUAAACUGAUUUUUAAUAAGUUUACCAUUAGUGAUGUUUUGGGGUUACCUGUGUCAGAUAGAGUAGUAGAGGUUAUAGAUGAUGACGCCUUUAGGAGGAAAGGUAGUCAGAUAGAGGCUGGAAGUGCCAGGAAGGAUUGGCAUAGGUUUCUUGGUAUUUCUGAUCCCAAGAAGGUAUAUAUUGGUAGAAAAAAUUGGGAUGAUUUGUUUAAGAAAUAUGAAUCCGGGGAUGAUUUCAAGAAGUUAUUUGUUAUCUUUUCGUUGUCCAAGCUUCUAUGUCCUAUAGCUGAUUUAGGGCCUGUGCUGAAAUGUGCCAAGAGUUUAGAAGAUGCAUCUGCAAUUUCAAGUUAUGACUGGUGUGGAUAUAUAUUGAGAAGUCUUUGUGCUGCUGUUUUGGACUGUCAUCAGUCUAUUAUGAUUAAGAAGAUUGAGCUUGGACAGAAGAAAGUAUCAUUCAAGCUUCGGGGAUGCGUCAGCGCUUUGACUCUUGCUGUUAUUCACAACUUCAAGUGUCGUAAUCUGGAUUAUUCAAAUGUCAGUAAGCCAUUUAUCAGUUAUUGGCAGGAUGAGAAGGAUUUGACUGGUGUUGUGAAGCAGUUUGAGAUCAACAUGGAUUUUAUUCUGCCGGUGAAGCGUGAAAAACAGAAGGUUGAGUUUAAAACUCCCAGUGUUAGUGUUGCUAGUAGGAAGUCUGGUUCUCCUAUAAUUAAGGUGGUUGAGGGUCCAUCACCUUCAACUAGGCAGCUUAUCAUGGAUCUUCCUCAUAGUUUGAUGACUGAUGAGGAAAUAGAUGCUCUUGAUGUUCCUGAAUAUGUGAAGAACAUGCACAAGUUGAAGAGGAAUGCGCUUGCAUUCUGUCAAGUGAAUUUGGAGAUUGCCCAGAAUAUUCGGGAGGAAGGCGAGAAGCUGUCUCAAGACAGUAUUUCUCUGGAUGAUAGUGAAGUAUUUAACCCAGAUUUUCUGAGUCAAAUUGACGACAUAUGCAAGCGUCAUUUGGAAGCGAAAGACAGUGCAAACAAAGUUGAUCCUACAAUUUCACUAUUGGUGAAGCGGCCUGUUGAAUUGGAGUUUGGAAGAAUUGAAAAUGUUCCUGAUUUGGAUUCUGGUGUUCAUGGAGUUGAUUUGAAAGAAGGAAAUGAUGAAAAAGAAGGAGAGGAGGAUGAGAAGAAGAUGAAUGCUGAUGAUGAUCAGCAUAAAGAUGAUGAUGAUGAUGAUGAUGAUGGUGAUGAUAAGGAUCACCAGAAUUAUAAUGAGUCAAAGGAUGAUGAUGCUGAUGAUAAUGGUGAUCCUGGUCUUCAAGGAGAUGAAGACAAAGGAGUAGAUAAGGAUGCUGGUCUUCAUGGAGAUGAAGACAAAGGAGGAGAUAAUGGUGAUCCUGGUCUUCAAGGAGAUGAAGACAAAGUAGGAGAUAAGGAUGCUGGUCUUCAUGGAGAUGGAGAGGAAGGUGGAAAUAAUGAGAAAGAACCAAGGAAAUGA